CACGUUGCAGAGUCAACUCUGUUUGGUCGCCGUUUUCUCUGUCCUGGCAGGGGAGCGUCUUCCCAUUUUAAGGGCCUCGUUCACUGCCGCUCUCCGUUUCCCUCACCGUCCGGAGCGAAGCUCCUAGCGUAGCAAGUAGUAGCAACAUGGGAGGAGGCUCCCGGCUCGCGCCGUGCCUGCUCUUGCUAGCCCUCGCCGCGUGCUGUGCCGGCCGCGCUGUGGGGCACGGCGUGCAGCCGCUGUCCCGGGUCGCCGUCCACCGCGCCCGCGUCGCCCUGGACGCGUCCGCCGCGGUACGGGCGUCCCCUCCACUCCUCGGCUCGCGGGGUGAAGAUACUGCUUGGGUAACUGUAGAUUUCUCGGUUCCCCAAGCAGGCGACGGUGAUUGGAUCGGAGUAUUCUCCCCUUCAAAUUUCAAUGCAUCCACAUGCCCUGGUUCUCAUGGAUCAGGCCCAGGCCCUGCGAUAUGCUCGGCACCAAUAAAGUAUCAGCUCACAAACUAUUCGUCAGGUUAUAACAAGUCAGGGAAAGGGUCUCUGAAGUUUCUGUUGAUCAACCAGCGGCAAGAUUUUUCUUUUGCAUUGUUCACCGGUGGACUCUCAAAUCCAACGCUUGUCGCGGUGUCGAACAAGAUUGCUUUCGCGAACCCGAAAGCUCCGGUUUACCCACGUUUAGCACUUGGAAAAACAUGGAAUGAGAUGACUGUCACAUGGACAAGUGGCUAUGCCAUCAGUGAGGCAAAUCCCUUUGUCAAAUGGGGCAUGAAACGUAAUCCUUCUGUGCGCACAGCAGCUGGCACUGUCACCUUUGAUCGUGAAAGCCUCUGUGGAGGACCUGCUAGUACUGUUGGUUGGAGGGAUCCAGGUUUCAUACACACAGCUUUUCUGAAAAAUCUACGGGAAAACAAAGAAUACUACUAUAAAAUUGGACACGAGCUACCUAAUGGAGAAGUUAUCUGGAGCAAGUCUUACUCUUUCAGAGCGCCUCCUUGUCCUGGACAAAAGUCGCUGCAGAGGGUUGUUAUUUUUGGCGACAUGGGAAAGGCUGAGAGAGACGGAAGCAACGAAUACCAGAACUACCAGCCUGCGUCACUCAACACCACAGACACAGUAGCCAAGGACAUCGACAACAUCGACAUCGUGUUCCACAUCGGCGACAUCUCCUACGCCAACGGGUACCUUUCGCAGUGGGAUCAGUUCACGCAGCAGGUCCAGCCGAUCACUUCACGAGUCCCCUACAUGAUCGCAAGCGGGAACCACGAGCGAGAUUGGCCCAACAGCGGGUCGUUCUACAACGGCACGGAUUCCGGCGGGGAGUGCGGCGUGCUGGCCGAAACCGUGUACUACACCCCGACAGAGAACAAGGCAAACUCUUGGUACUCGACGGACUACGGGAUGUUCCGGUUCUGCGUGGCGGACAGCGAGCGGGACUGGCGGGAAGGCACGGAGCAGUACAGAUUCAUCGAGCAGUGCCUGGCGACGGUGGACCGGGAGAAGCAGCCAUGGUUGGUCUUCAUCGCGCACCGGGUGCUCGGCUACUCCUCGGCGUUCUCCUACGGGCAAGACGGCUCCUUCGCGGAACCCAUGGCGCGGCAGAACCUCGAGCCGCUGUGGCAGAGGCACAGGGUGGACCUCGCCUUCUACGGCCACGUCCACAACUACGAGAGGACGUGCCCCAUGUACGCCGAGAAGUGCGUGAGCUCGGAGAGGUCUCGCUACUCUGGCGCCGUGAACGGCACCAUCCACGUCGUCGUCGGGGGCGGCGGCAGCCACCUGACCAACUUCACCGCCGAGACCCCGCCGUGGAGCCUCUACAGGGAGAUGGACUACGGCUUUGCCAAGCUGACGGCGUUCAACCGCACGUCGCUGAAGUAUGAGUACAUGCGGUCCAGCAACGGCGAGGUGUACGACAGCUUCUCCGUGCACAGGGCGUAGGACGACACGAGGAAGUACAGAUUUGAAACGGGGCUGUUGUUUUGUGUGUAAUUUUUUACUACCAUCAUUUUGCAUAAUAAAUGAAAAGGAGAUCACACAAAUUUUACUCAAUCA